AUAGGCUGUGUAAUUUGACACUCCAACUUACUGUGCUUUCUGCUAGUUAAUUCACUUAUUCACCCACUAACACUGGGCUCCUUUUUUUUUCCCCCCUAAUUCUUUUUUUUUUUUUUUUUUUUCCUCCCUUACUGUCUGUGGGUAAAAGAAGAGAUGGUAAGAGUCGAGAGUAAGGGAACGUGUGCGCUGGAAGUCUGAUUUCUCCCUCGAAUAUAUAUAUUUUUGCUUGGGAAAAAAAAGGAGGAUAUUAUUCAAUUUGCUGGAUCCUCGGGACUGCCUGCAGAUUCUACGGGAAAGCUGGGGUUUGCUUCGGUUCGGCAGUCACGAGAGGACUUGGCCCUUCCUGCGCGGGGCUGGACAGCUACACCCAUGAAUGAACAUUGACUGCCCCAUCGAGACCCCCUACACAGGACGAUGGACACUGACAAGUGAAGCGGGGGAGAGCGAGCGGACCGCCCGGGGGGGGGAACGGGCGCACUAAAAUACGCAGGCUCGAGGACCUUUCAUGGCCUUCAGGUAGACUUUGAGAAGAUACAAUCAGAAUGAAUUCUAUGGACAGACACAUACAGCAGACCAAUGACCGUCUGCAGUGCAUAAAGCAGCACUUACAGAACCCAGCAAACUUCCACAAUGCAGCCACAGAACUUUUGGACUGGUGUGGAGACCCCCGCGCUUUUCAGAGACCCUUCGAGCAGAGCCUUAUGGGCUGUUUAACGGUGGUCAGUAGAGUCGCGGCGCAGCAAGGCUUCGAUUUAGACCUGGGCUACCGGCUACUAGCCGUGUGUGCGGCCAACCGGGACAAAUUCACCCCGAAAUCGGCAGCGCUCCUUUCCUCGUGGUGUGAAGAAUUGGGAAGGCUACUGCUUUUACGCCACCAGAAGAACAGACAGAACGAGCAGCCGGGGAAGAUCCCUAUGCAGCCUCCCAUGAACUCUUUGACCUCUAUGAAACCUUCUCUGUCACAUGGUGAUGGGUCUUUCCCUUACGACUCUGUCCCUUGGCAGCAGAACAGCAGUCAGCCCCCGGGUUCCCUGUCUGUCGUCACUACGGUGUGGGGAGUCACAAAUACGUCUCAGAGCCAGGUCCUGGGGAACCCCAUGGUGAACGCCAACAAUCCGCUGAACCCAGGUGGUAAUCCUAUGGCGUCCGGCAUGAACAGCAACAACGCCGGGAUGAACUCUCCGCAGUUUGCCGGACAGCAACAGCCCUUUCCCACAAAAGGGGGAUCCAACCAGCCGUACAUGCAACAGAGCAUGUACGGGCGCCCCAGCUACCCAGGAGGAGGUGGCUUUGGCGGCAGCUACCCUGGCGGCCCCAAUAACCCGUCAGGAAUGGGCAUGCCUCCUCACACUCGACCCCCUGCGGAUUUCACGCAACCGGCAGCUGCCGCCGCUGCGGCCGCAGUUGCAGCAGCCGCUGCUACUGCCACCGCCACUGCCACCGCCACGGUGGCGGCACUGCAGGAGACGCAAAACAAGGACAUGAACCAGUAUGGCCCGGUGUGUUCCUCUUUCCAGAUGGGUCCGGCGCAGGCCUACAACAGUCAGUUCAUGAACCAGCCCGGCCCGAGGGUCCCCUCUGCCAUGGCGGGAAGCAUGAACCCGGCAGGCAUGGGUCCAAACAUGGCGCCGAACAACAUGAGCGGCCCGCCCAUGGGGAUGAACCAGCCCCGGCCUGGCAUGAACCCCUUUGGUGCACACGGGCAGAGGAUGCCCCAGCAAGCCUACCCAGGUCCCAGGCCUCAGUCCAUGCCCAUGCAAGGCAUAAAGAGGCCCUACCCAGGAGAGCCCAAUUAUGGCAACCAGCAAUACGGACCAAGUAGCCAGUUUCCCAGUCAGCCGGGGCAGUACCAGAGUCCAAACCCUUCCAGGCCUAUGGCGUCCCCUAACUACCCCGGUCAAAGGAUGGCGGGGCAGCAACCGUCGGGACAGUACCCGCCUCCCAGCGUCAACAUGGGGCAAUAUUAUAAGCCAGAGCAGUUUAAUGGACAAAAUAACAGCUUUUCUGGGAGCGGAUACAAUAGUUAUAGCCAAGGCAGUAUGAACGGGCCGUCCAGGCCCGGCCCGGUGGGGAACUAUCCUCACUCGCCUGUCCCAGGGAACCCCACGCCUCCCAUGACUCCCGGCAACAGCAUGCCCCCAUACCUGUCCCCCAGCCAAGAUGUCAAGCCUCCCUUCCCCCCGGACAUCAAGCCCAACAUGAACGCAUUACCUCCUCCUCCAAAUGCUAAAGGGAAAGUUCACGCUUUCUCUCCUUCUUCGAUCUCAGCCAGCCAUGCGGACGAGCUGCGCCUGACCUUUCCCGUUCGGGACGGGGUGGUGCUGGAACCUUUCCGACUGGAGCACAACCUGGCCGUCAGCAACCACGUGUUCCACCUGCGGCCAACGGUCCACCAGACCCUCAUGUGGAGGUCGGACUUGGAGCUGCAGUUUAAAUGCUACCACCACGAAGACCGGCAGAUGAACACCAACUGGCCGGCGUCGGUACAGGUCAGCGUCAACGCCACGCCGCUGACCAUCGAACGGGGCGACAACAAGACUUCCCACAAACCUCUUCACCUCAAGCACGUUUGCCAGCCGGGCCGCAAUACCAUCCAGAUCACAGUCACCGCUUGCUGUUGUUCUCACCUGUUCGUGCUGCAGCUGGUCCAUCGGCCGUCGGUACGCUCCGUACUCCAGGGUCUGCUGAAAAAGAGGCUGCUUCCGGCGGAGCACUGCAUCACAAAGAUAAAGAGGAAUUUUAGCAGCGUGGCAGCGUCAUCCGGUAACGCGGCUCUUAACGGGGAAGACGGGGUGGAGCAAACGGCGAUUAAAGUCUCGCUGAAAUGUCCGAUCACGUUCCGGCGGAUCCAGCUCCCGGCGCGGGGGCACGACUGCAAACACGUCCAGUGCUUCGACUUGGAAUCCUACCUACAGCUGAACUGCGAGAGGGGGACGUGGAGGUGUCCUGUCUGCAAUAAAACGGCUCUUCUGGAGGGUCUGGAAGUCGAUCAGUACAUGUGGGGCAUACUGAACGCCAUACAGAAUUCUGAGUUUGAAGAGGUGACUAUCGACCCCACGUGCAGCUGGCGGCCGGUACCAAUCAAGUCUGAGAUUCACAUUAAGGAUGACCCUGACGGGAUGCCCUCCAAGAGGUUCAAGACCAUGAGUCCCAGUCAAAUGAUCAUGCCCAAUGUUAUGGAGAUGAUUGCGGCACUCGGUCCGGGCCCUUCGCCUUAUCCGUCGCUUCCCCCUCCGCCCGGCGGUAAUAACCCCGGAGAGUACGUCGGCCAAGGAAACAGUUACCAAGGCCAUGGCAAUUUUGACUUCCCCCACGGAGCUCCAGGUGGCACGUCGAUGAAUGAUUUCAUGCACGCGCCUCAGUUGUCUCACCCUCCUGAUAUGCCCGGGGGUAUGUCUUCCCUGGACAAACCACUCAGCCACUCCAUGCAGGACCCAAUUUCGCACGUGGGAAAUUCUGAGCCUCCCCACGGCUCCAUGCCUCAGGGCUUACACCCGCCUCACCCAGGUAGCCAGCCUGGGCAGCCUUUACAUCACGGCGGACCAGCACCUCAGUCUCGGCACCCACCACAAGCUGCCGGUCACCCGCACGGGGACAUGACCUUUAACCCCUCCUCAGUUUUAGAAGGUCAACCUGGUGGACAGGGAGCCCCUGACAUGCCAGAACCAUCACUGGAUCUUCUUCCGGAGUUAACUAAUCCAGACGAGCUUCUCUCCUACCUGGAUCCACCAGAUCUUCCCAACAACAGCAAUGACGAUCUACUUUCCCUCUUUGAGAACAACUAAUGCGAGAGAUGGCGGUUCUCUGUCCGCUCUCUGAUCCAUAAUACAACCCACCUGGCCACACGCGGGUGGGGACAGCUCUGGUAACUCCAACCCCUUCCACUACGUAAUGCCCCACCACCCGGUCGUAGCUGAUUUACUGGUGCUCUUGCGUCCCUGUUUCCCUCAGACUGACACGUUUUCAGUGGCGCCCCCGAUAGGCAACGAGGAAUCAGGCCGUGGGCAACAAACUUGGUACUUGUUGGUGUUUCCCCUGUCGAGACUGCAAAACGGGAAACCUUGAAGAGCAAAGUUAUUUCAGCAGGCAAAACAACGAGGCAAACCAGUGACGGGAAGACUUAAGGGCAUUACCUCAUGAGGUCCGGUGUUUUGCCCCCUCUGCCACCCCACACUACCACCAACAGAAAAAAAAAGAGGAAGAACUGAACCAGGAA